UCCUGAGACCAGAGGCGAUUAUUACUGACUGGACAUGCAGCUUCCAGCAGGUGGAACUAUAGACACUCAUCAAAGCACGGGGUAGUACUUUUUAAAAAGACUGCUGCUGACACAGUGAACAUAAGCGGUGCUAGCAGAUCUCGAGCAAGACUUUUGCAACAGACAGAAUCAUUCCUCAGUUGUAAAAGGCCGCAAGCAACAGAGUCGUAUCGUGAGCGAUCUCCUCUGCAGCACCUUACGCUAAAGAGGACUCCUCUGUGUGCGGUUGCCUCCCACUGGCUCCGAGGCUGCCGACGCCACCCUGCUAGACAUGUCCAAUUUCACGAAACCGGAGAAUUUGGAGAUUGGUGACCAUGUCUACGUACCAAGAUCACUGAGGGUGUUUGGUGCUCCAGAGACAUACAUCUAUUGUCAUCAUGGGAUUGUGGCAGAAGUGAAUGGCAACAAGGUGGUCAUUGGAUUUGGGACCAAGGUGGAUGAGGCAGCGACCGAAUCCUUCAAGCAUGUAGGAAAGUUGGUGCGAACAGCUGUGAUCAAACUAGCGACAGCCGCUGCCAAUGUCCUUUACAGCGCUGAGAUCAAGCAGGAGGAGAUCUCUUCAUUCGUGCACAAGGGUCGAGUUUACCUGUACACGUAUGACACGAAGGCCGAAGGUGACGAGGUUUACUUAGAAGGAUGCAACCCCGAUCAUAUGGUGAACGCAAAGCAUGCCGCAGAAAUUGCCAAAGUCUUCCUGGAUUGCCAGCUAUCUGACCAACCAUUUGGUGCAUACAAUCUGGAGAAAUGGAACUGUGAAUGUUUCGCUACAUUCUGCAAGACUAACCAUCGUCCCAUCGAGGAGAUUCGGAAGGCAGUGCAGGCCCUGGGCGUAAGCGAGAGUGUUGACAAAUCAUUCUUACUCGAGAAGAGCAAGGCAAGAACAUUGCAAAUCGAGAGGCUCAAGGAACGGGGUUUUGACGUGGGCAAGCAGCUGGAAGAGGCGGUGUUUGGAGAUGACGAUGGUAUAGACAUACCCGGUGCUAGCGGAGACAAGCCAAGCAAGAAGGAGAGCAGCACAGGCAAAGAUGCAGCUGCUGGUGAUACCAGCAACGACGGGAUUGUGAUUAUGCUUGCCCUUGUAGUGCUCAUUACCUGCCUUUUCUACCAGUUCUACAAGCAGUAGGCACUCUGCUGCAUCACAUACACUAACGUUCUGCCCACUCCCCACUCCUUCCCCCUUCUCUGCCCCCCCCCCCCCCCACUCCCUCCGCCCCGCUCCCUCCGCCCCAAAGUACUUUGAAGUACACAAAGCACAGCUAGCACGCCACUAUAGCAGACAGUGUGCAUGAAAGUGAAAUGGUGGAGGUAUGGGUUCCAGCCCACGGCGGUGUGCUGGGUGACUGGGUCUCACCUGGGUGUGGCCAGCAGUAUGUGGCCAACAUGAGCACUGGUCCAGUGGCAGUACUAGUAGUAGUAGUAGUAGUAUACCUACAUGUGCAUGAUUGUACUUGCAUGCCUUUGUGCUUGUUUGAAACUGAUUCCUUCUAUUUGCUCUGCAACUCUCAAGAAGAAUCCGUCUUGCCAAGCACACCAGUGUAUUUGAUGCUGCGAUGCAUGAUUUUUAUAUUCUGCGCUAACAUCAUAUUCCUGGAACUACCCCUGCAGGCUGCCACCCCAGCCAUCAAAGUAACUUAGUUUCUCAUUACUGUUUUCUGAUGAUCGCUUUAAAAUAGCUGUUAGUGCGUGAAACCUUUUCAUCCUCUUGUUGGCCAUCAUGAUUCAUCAUGUGUCAUGUUGCGAACAGCCCGCCUACAUCAUGAGGGGACAUGACUGUACACUUACAUUUACAUGUACAAUGUGUGCUGCUGCAUCCACUACCACGCAGCACUACCUUGAUGCUUCCAAGUGCACCCUGGCACAUUCAAUUUUUCUUGACCAGCACCCUGCUCAUUUACAGCACCACCCGACGCUGCGUUCGUCUCCCCCUAGCUAGGUCUACCCUAUUCGUAAAUUCCCCUUUCUUUUCCUCCUACUCCACGUGGCUCCAACUGCCUCCCAGUGUUAGACAAGCUCCAGAUAUGCCCAAAUUCCGUACCCUCAUCAGACAGCUCUUCAGUAUCUCCCAGUAAACAAAAUCACAAUCACCACUUCCGCUGCAUACAAUGUAGCUCGCUGAGCAUCCCAUUGCUUUGUAAGUUGCUAAUCCCCUCCCACUUUGUGUACGUGCUCUUCAUCUUCUUUUUUCUCUUCUUCCGUGGUUGGACAUGCCACGAGGUGCAGAAAUAAA